GACAGGAAAAUUAUUGUUGGUAUUUGUGCUAUGGCUAAAAAGUCACGAUCAAAGCCAAUGAAAGAAAUAUUACAGCGUUUGCUUCAACAUUUUGAAAGAUUGGAAAUUUUGAUAUUUGAUGAAGACGUAAUUCUGAGUGAACCUGUUGAAAAAUGGCCGAUAGUAGAUGCUUUGAUAUCCUUCUUCUCUCAUGGUUUUCCACUAGAUAAAGCUAUACAAUAUAGCAAUCUUAGAAAACCUUAUGUUAUAAAUGACUUGGAAAUGCAACAUGUUCUAAAGGACAGACGUGAAGUGUAUAAAAUAUUACAAAAUGAAGGAAUUCCUCAUCCUCGAUAUGCUGUAUUAGAACGUGAUCUGGGGUCCUCAGAAUCUAAUUUUCAAGAAACUGAUGAUGCUAUUGAAGUUAAUGGUGUGCUGUUUCAAAAGCCCUUCGUGGAGAAGCCAGUAGAUGCUGAAGAUCACAAUGUGUACAUAUUCUUCCCAGUACAGGCUGGUGGAGGCAGUACAAGAUUAUUUAGAAAGGUAAAGGAUAGAAGUAGUAUAUAUGGUCCACACAGUCGAGUAAGAAAAGUUGGUUCUUAUAUUUAUGAAGAUUUUAUGCCAACUGAUGGUACUGAUGUGAAGGUGUAUACAGUAGGACAAGAUUAUGCCCAUGCUGAAGCCAGAAAAUCACCAGCAUUAGAUGGGAAAGUAGAACGUGAUCAAGAAGGAAAAGAAAUCAGAUAUCCUGUGUUAUUAAGUGCUAAAGAAAAACUGAUUGCUAAAAAAGUCUGUAUGGCAUUCAAGCAAAAUGUUUGUGGUUUUGAUCUAUUACGAACUGGGGGACAGUCCUAUGUAUGUGAUGUGAAUGGAUUUAGUUUUGUGAAAACAUCAGGAAAAUAUUAUGAUGACAGUGCUAAAAUACUAGGUACUAUGAUAAUGAGAGAAGUAGCACCACAAUUACAGCUACCCUGGGUGCUAGGAUGUGCUCCUGAAGAUUUACCAGUAGUACCAACAGCAUCUGGUUCCAUGAUGGAGUUAAGAUGUGUAGUAGCUAUAGUCAGACAUGGAGACAGAACUCCAAAACAAAAAAUGAAAAUGGAAGUCAAACACAAAAAAUUUUUUGAUUUAUUUGAGAAAUAUGGUGGAAUGAAAAAUGGACAUCUAAAACUAAAGAAACCAAAACAACUUCAAGAAGUACUAGAUGUUGUACGACAUUUACUAUCAAAUAAUCAACAACAAAAAGAUCCUGAAGUUGAAGAAAAGAAAGUGAAAUUUCAACAAUUGAAACUUGUUUUAGAAAUGUAUGGUCAUUUCUCAGGCAUUAAUCGCAAAGUGCAAAUCAAGUAUCAACCGCGAGGUUGUCCUAAACGAUCAUCCAGUGAGGAGGAUGAGAUGCCAAGAGAGCCAUCCUUACUAUUAAUAGUAAAAUGGGGAGGAGAGUUAACUCCUGCUGGAAAAAUACAAGCAGAAGAACUGGGUAAAGCUUUCAGGACACUCUAUCCUGGUGGACAAGGCCAAUUUGAAACACCAGGACUUGGAUUCCUGCGUCUACACAGUACAUUCAGACAUGAUUUAAAGAUGUAUGCCUCCGACGAAGGCAGAGUUCAGAUGACAGCUGCUGCAUUUAUUAAGGGUUUGCUGGCAUUAGAAGGAGAAUUGACCCCUAUAAUGGUACAGAUGGUAAAAAGUGCCAAUACUAAUGGUUUAUUAGAUAGUGAAGGUUUGAAUUCCAAGUACCAGGCUGUUGUAAAAGAAAAAUUAAAAGAUAUAUUUAAUCAAGAUAGAGAUUUUACAGAUGAAGAUUAUAAUAAGCUUGCCCCAACUGGUAGUACAUCUUUAAUAAAUGCAAUGAAAUUUAUCAAAAACCCAAGAGAAAUGUGUGAAAAAGUUUAUGAAAUGGUGAAAGAAAUAACAUCUAAAAUAAGAACACUGAAAUUAGAGUUAAAAUCUAGAGAUUUGAAGUUAUAUCAUGGUGAGUCAUGGGAGUUGUUUAUAAGAAGAUGGGCAAAGUUAGAAAAAGAUUUUAGAUUGAAGAAUGGAAGAUUUGAUAUUAGUAAAAUACCUGAUAUUUAUGAUUGUAUUAAGUAUGAUUUACAACAUAAUAAUAUGACAUUACAAUAUGAAGGUGCUGAAGAAUUGUUUAUGUGUUGUAAGGCUUUAGCUGAUGUUAUAAUACCACAGGAAUAUGGUUUAACUGUGGAUGAAAAGUUACAUAUUGCUCAGAACUUCAGUAAUCCACUAGUAAGAAAGAUAAGAAGUGAUUUUGCUCAGUGUGAUCCAGCAUAUCAAGAAGAUGAAUUUACUAGAUUAGAUUCUAGAUAUUCCAAAGGAGUGUCAACACCAGAAAGAUUUGUACGCACCAGGUUAUAUUUUACUAGUGAAAGUCAUAUACAUUCACUGUUAAAUAUCUUACGGUAUGGAUCAUUAUGUGAUGCUGGUAAGGAUGAACAAUGGAGGUCUGCUAUGGAAUAUAUCAAUGCUACAUCAGAAUUAAAUUAUAUGACUCAGAUUGUCUUUAUGACAUUUGAAGAUCCUAGUAAGGAUCCUUCUUCAGAUGAGAGAUAUCAUAUGGAACUCCAUUUUAGUCCUGGUGCUUACACUUGUUGUGAUACUAGUUUAACAUCCCCUAGAGGUAUGGGAUAUCGACCUAACCCAAAGUCAGAAAAGGUCAGUAAUUCAGAUAAUCACAAUUUGUAG